AUGGACUCGCCGCUGUAUCCGGACUAUUACCUGAAGACGUUUCACUACCAAACCGACGGAUGGCUCUCGACGCAAUCGGCGGAGGUGUACGAGGUCUCCACGGAGACGCUCUUCUUAGGGAGGCAAGACGCGAUGCAGCGGACUGCGCUCGUGCCGCUGUCCGAGUACAUGCGCGAGAGGGACGGCGCGGGCGCGAAACUCCUCGAGCUCGCGUGCGGGACCGGUCGUUUCUUGACCUUCGUCCGCGACAACUACCCGGGGAUGGACACCACCGGGCUGGACCUGUCGCCGUUUUACUUGAUAGAAGCGCGGAAGAACGGGGAGUACUGGGAAAAGAUGCGACGACGCGCUGCCGCGGAGGCGAUGCCGUUUCCGGACGCGUCCUUCGACGUGAUCACGUGCGUGUACCUCCUGCACGAGCUCCCCGCGGAAGCGAGAGCCGCCGCGGCGAAAGAAGCCGCGCGAUUGUUGAAGCCCGGCGGUUUGCUCGUGCUCGCGGACAGCGUGCAGCUCGGCGACCGCCCGCGGCUGGACGCGCACCUCGGCAAGUUCGGCGACUUCAACGAGCCGCACUACCGGGACUACAUAUCGUCCGAGCUCGUGAGCGUGUUCGGACCGGACGGCGCGGGGCUGACGCCGUGGACGAAGGAGCUGUGCUCGAGCACGAAGGUGCUGUCGUUUCGCAAGCCGAAGUGA